UCGGUUCCCGCAACUACUCUCUGCCGUUUGGGUUUAGUCGGUGCUGGGCAGUGGAAAUCCUCUGGUUGUAUCCCGUACUGCUGGAAGUACUGAGAGGCGCAUACAGAAAAAAACUUACACAGGAUAAGAAGCAAUUGAUAUUGGUGUCUAUUGGGAUUUUGGAAGCAGCUAAACGAGUUGACACGCUUCGUACUGGUUCAGAAGACAGAAUGGUCCUUUUCGUGAAGGCGGUGACAGGAAAGACGAUGACAGUGGAAGUCACACCUCAAGAUACCGUGGCUGUGCUCAAAGCCGAAAUGGAACAGAAAGCAGGCUUACCAGUUGACCAGCAGCGGAUUAUCUUCGGCGCAAUGGAGCUCGAGAACGGGCGAACACUCGCGUCGUACAACAUUCGCAAUAACGAUUUGUUACAACAACAAAUUCGUCUGAGAGGAGGAGGCAGGGCCAUGUUCUUCCUCAACGUGGUUAUGCCAUCAGCUGAUGUGAUUCAACCGGUUGUUAAUGGAGAUACGGCCGUUAGCGAGGUGAAAAAGCUACUGGAAGAAGAGAACCCAUCCUUAAAGGGCCGGAAGUAUCGUCUGAUGGUGGCUCAGCAGGCGAUGAGCAGCAGCAAGACCUUGAGGGAUUAUGGCAUCACGUCAGAGGCAGUCGUAAGAUUAGAUCUAACGAAAAACGUUGCUGCGUUAUUUCUCUAUUUUGCGAAUGUAUCAAGCUCAUUCCUCGUGCUGGAAAAUCGCUUGUUAAACAGUGCACUCCAGUUGGCAAGAAAAUCAGUUUCCUUCACUAUGAGUAAAGAACACACGGAUUAUGGCAGAACCUCUAGCGAUGCACACAAUAAGUACGAAGUAUCAAAAGUGUACUGCAUAUAA